CUAUUCUGAAUAAGGAAGAUUCUCCAUUACUUUGAAACUGCUUUUCAUUUGCAAGCUAUCAUUAACAGUUUUCAAUGGGUCGUGCUGCUUCAAUUUGUUCAAUCUGUUUAUCGACCUGCCGUAGUUCACGAAGUAAACAUGAAGCUCGAAACGUUCCCUUUUAAUUUAGCCCAGCAAUCAUGCGAAAUGAUCAAUAAAAGAAUGAAUACCUGGAGUGAAGCAGUCAACAUUAAAGUCAAAUGAGUUCAGACGAAUAACAUUUCAAUAGUCAUAGUGAAGCACAAUUUACCUGUGUGCGAGGAUCAAGAAGAUCCAUCUCGCGUUCAGCAAUUCGCAGCUCAACAAGUAGCUGCUGGUUGACAGCCGUUGAUGAAGCCCCUUCUGCUUCAUUCAACCUCUCCUUCACGUCUACUAUCUUGUCUAAACUGUUGGAUACCAUAUCUUGUGGGUGAGCAAUUGUAACAGGACGAAUAACGGUCCCAAUUCGCUCGCCUGCUACUCCAGCAUCAAACGUUACUGGCACAGCACACAUAUGCAUUGGUGCUACCACCUGACUUCUCUGGAUUGUGGGCGUCGGAAGUGGUUGGUUUAGCGUAUCCUUGA